AUAUAAAUCAAUCUUGGUAUAUUUUUUCACUAAUUUUGAAAGGAUUUACCGUUGAAGACAGAGGCAAGCAGAUUCAAAGAUGAGAAUUUUAUUCAUAUUUUUGCUCGUAUGUUUGCACACAGUAACUGAUGCAUCGUCAUCAACAAUAACAACGGCGGGGCAACCAACAACGACUACAACUGAACUUGCAGCAACUACACAAUUACCACAACAAUCAACAACAACAACAACGCUAGGUGAAUCAACAGAUUCUGCAUCCGAAGCCUCAGUAUCAACGAUAGGAACAGCGAGUGUUGAAUCAUCUGGAUCUACAAACACACCUGAAACCACGACAAGCGGCAGCGCUGUCGUUACAGGAUUUGGGACUGUGACAAUAAUCUUGAUAUUCUUCUCCAGCAUUUUCCAUAUAUUGAUGAAUCGAUUUUGAAGCUGUCUCUGUAAUGAGCAAUAAAAACUUUUGUACAGAAAAUAAUAUCAUGAAGAUACCAUU